CGCCGGUUCGGUUGGUACGGGUGUGAGCACGGCGGGUAAUAGCGCGGAGGCGGCCAGUCGUCCAGUCGAGCCGCGACCACCGAGCGGUGAGCGUAUCCGUCGUACCUUGUAUUCCGGCCUCGACGGUAAAAGAAAGACACGGAGAGAAAGCAAAAGAGAGAAAAAAAUCUAGGAAAGGAAUUCGAAAUUGUCACCGUACCCCGAUUAUGUAUUUCUGCUCGAGCGCGGAGGGCUGUGGUGAUAUAGCUGGCUGCGCGAAGGUCUGCCUACGUUUCGCUGAAAUCUCGCGUGCACAGAAGUAAACAGAGGGUGAACGAGGACACGCGAUUCGUCGGUGCGUGUCCACGCACGCGUACACGUUACAUGCGAUACGUUUAUACCGCAAUGUGCAUUCUAGCGAUCGUACGAUUCGUUUCGCGCGACCCGACUUUCACGAGUUUGGUAAUUCGGGGAUAAAUACGGGUCCGCGUCGCGUCGUCGUCGGACUUUCCGUGUAGGCCUCGAGACGAAACCGGAGCUAUCGAGACAUCGACGGAUACCGGAUACCGGAUACCGGAUCCCAUCGGCUGCAAGUUCGUAACGAAAAGAAAAAUAAAUGCAUCCUUGAAGCACGGUGGUCGAAAAGGGAAAGACGGGAGCGAAUCGGUUAACCCAAGCUCCGUCGAUACGCGCGUUCCGUGUCUCGGUUGGUACGCGAGAGACAGUCUCGCGAAAACGGUCGUGUUUUUCCCAUCUGCCGGACCGAACGUCUCCGGAAUUAUAUGCACCGCGUCCCGGUCUGCAUCGCGUUUUGCAGCACGUUCUGGGCCCCGAAGGCUCUGUCUAAGUAACAGUACUUCCUCGCGCUCGCUGGAACAAGCCUCUCUCCGAAGAACGGGACCCACACUCCACGAGUCCGCUCUCCACACGCUCCUCGGCCCCUCCGUCGUCGCUCGGCCGAACACUCUCUUUCUGUGUGCGGUUUCCCCUCUCCUUCUAUCGUGUCCGAAGUAGUCUGGCCGGUCGAGCACGGGGAGUCUCGUGGAACCAGUCCUCGUACGGUGGACCUCUCGGUUGGGACCUGGCAAAGAGUGGUGGUCGUUGAUUCUCGGUGUAAACCGGCACCUUUUGCACCUGCCGCGCGCGAUUCCAAGUUUUUCGGCUUUCCAAACCCCGGAUCGUCGGUAUCUGCUCUGCGUAUCACGCGUACCGUUCCAGGAAGCUCGCGCGUGGAUUUACGUACGCGGUUGUUUUUCAUCGUGUCGCGAGCCACGAAUCGAUUUCUCGCGAACCCGGGGCCCGGCCGCGUGUUUAUCGCGUAAACCAGUCCUGCCGGUCGGAAGGAGGCAUCGGUCAUUCGUUAAGUGGCACGCUUUUGCGUUCGGGGCAAAGGUUUGUCGGGUUCGAGACGAUAACAAGAAACCGAUCCGUACACCGACGCGCGAACGUCGUGAUGCUCGCGUCACUCGAUUUCUUGCGAUCUAGUUUUCGGAGGACACCGAGGAGCAAAGACGAAAAGAAUUUCGCGAGUGACGAGGACAGUUGUCAGUGAAUCGAUCCGAGUCGGUGACACGUGCUAGUUACAAUCGUAACCGUCUCUACCGGGGUACAUGGCAGUCGUCGAAGCAUGCAUCGUGAAAAUAAAAUGAACGACAGAGUCGGGUGUUUCGACGGCGCGGAAGAGUUCGUCGCUGACGCCACGGUCGCAGGAUCGUCCGGUUGGUGAAAGAGAGGUUAUGUGGCUCUCUCCGUGCUCGACCUAACCUCCAAGUGUCUCGGUCGCGAGUCCCACUAAUCUAAUUCGUGCGUCUUAUCGUUGCGCACUCGAUGGAAGUGCAAUCUGUCUUCGCGCCGAAGUAACGUGUAAACUGUCCGGUCGAUUUGGAGAUCUGGGAACGAGAACGAUCCACGGAAGGUUUCGAUCCGCCCUGGUCGUGUCCGGAGAAGUUGUUCCAUAGUGAUCGAUGCAGUUUGUGAUCUCGUCGAGUCCUUUCGAUCCAGCAUCGUUGAUUCGAUUCUCGCGAGGGUAACCUAGAAAAGUGGUUUUUUCCCCGCGUUGUGCGUGCCUAGCUGUGCCCCCGUGUGUGCUGUCUUUUAUUUUAUUCGUCGAUACGCGUGGUGUGCGCUCGAACGCCCGAAACGAACCGAUGGAUCGACGCUGAGGGGGACGUAUUGGGUUCGAAGAAUUUGCGGGGAAACAGCCAGAAAUGAAGACCACACAACGCGCUCUAAGCUUCGACGAGACGUCGAUGGACAGCUGUCCAUUGUCGGCGAUCACCGAGGGAAGAACGAGCGAUCCGUCGAAGGACUGCAUCGAGACGGAAGUGACGUCGCUGGAGGAGGCGAAGUCGGUGAUAGCGGCUCUGCGAGCGAGGCAAAGGGCACAGGCGCAUCAGAUGCUCGCUUGGCGGAGGACCCUGAAAUUGCAGGAGGACUUGGUGGCCCGACUGACGAGGGAGAAGGCCGAGCAGCUACGUACGUUAUCCUCGCAGCUGCUGUUGUUCGAGUCGAGGCUCUGCCGGAAACAGAAGGAGAUCGAGGCCAGCCUCGCGCAACGAGAGUCCAUUAUUCUCAGGCAACAGAGGGUGAUUCGGCAAUUGCAGAGCAGAUUGGCGGAAAGAAACACCGGCACAAGGGACUCGCCACCUUGCGACGCCCUCGAUAGAUUGGACAGCCUGGGGGACAGCGACAGCGCCGUCGUCCUCGAGGAAACAGCCGACGACCUAGCUCCGCCAAGGUUUCGUUCGAACAUCACCGACGUGACGGUGAUCCGGUCGGUGUCGGACGCGGUGGAGCCGUCGAGCAAAUACUCGUCGAUGCGACGGUGCAACGGAUUCCUUAGGAGGCCGGAAAUCCUGGAGACGGUGUACUCGGUGGAGGAGGACGGCGAUAGCGAGAACAAUCAGGACCCGUCCGAGUCGACGGAGAACUCCGAGUGCGAGGAAAGACGGACGAAACACUUGGGGAACGGAAAGGGCAGGCUUCAAGAUCUUUACGGUAGCUUCGAGAGACUCGCACAGGAGGCGGACUCGCCACCCAGCGAGAGGCCGAGGGAUGAAAGCCAGCAGGCGCAAGUCACGUACAACAGGGUAAUGAGCAAUCACAGAUCAGUCACGAAGCCGAAAGACGUGAAGUACAAGAGGAUAAACAAAGCGAAGUCGAAGAGCCUGGAGGAGCUGAGGGGACGUCUGAGGAAUUGGGUGGAGAAGGGGAACAAGAUCGCUAUAUCGUUGGAUCAGUCUUACGCCUGAGCGAGAGCCCGUACCUCCUGAAAGUAUAUUGUAGGAAUUUUUUGUUAUUUUUUUUUUUUUUCUUUUUUUUUUUUUUUUGUUCGAAUCCGGCGAUCACGAUCGACCAACGCUGAUUACAAACUGCUUCGCUCUUGCGCGGUACGGGGAUCGUCGUCGCGGCGGUGUAUUUAAUUGAAAUUCUCAUCGCUCCAUGUGAUAUUUACUGUAGUGUCUCGAGAAUAAAAUUAGAAUGGAACCUCACGCGAUCGCGCGUUACGCGUGGACGAUUUUCACCCACUUGUGAUAUAUAUAAUGAUUCUAUUGUAAUACGAGCACGGUUGUUAUUAGUGAUAGUAAUUGUCGCGAUCGAAGAUGGCGCGAAACGUGGAGGGCACCAGGGCACGGGAGAGGAGAAUAUCCAUCGGUGGAUCGUUUCCUGUCCUCGUGUCCCCGUCUCUUCCUUCCGCGCGAGCGUAACUCAGCGUCGAUCACGAAACCGCGUUGCCAAAUUGUACAAUCAACAUUUCUGUCGCGUUUCUCGCCACGAGCAUCCGUGUUAUUUUCUCUAAUACGGCGAGCUACGCGGUGAUAUAUAUAUAUAUGUAUAUAUAUAUUAACCGUUUCUCUCUUGUUUCCAUCUCGACGCCAUGUUUGCGCGCACGCGAUGACACCCAGAGCUUUACCGUUUCCAUGGUUCCCAUUUUUGUCAAUUACGACCGUUAUACGAUCGAUGGUCGAUCGACGCAACGCUCAGUGUCCGAGUGAAGUGUGUACAAAUGUGUGUAAAAUGGGGAAAGAUCUUUGUGCAAGCUGUCGCAUCGUCGAACAGGACUCAGCUCAAUUUUUCUAAACGCUAUAUACAAACCGAUCCGGGGAUCGUUCUGAACGGGAACAUACGAAUGUCUCGGUUGCGUAUGAACAUACCACGGAAUUGUUUCAGGGAACUGUGCGUAACUUGUUUAGAUGACUGUUAGGGAUAGCGGCGGAAUCCAUUUUCGGUGCUUCCUAAUAUAUUUUUUAAAAUUACAAACAAUUCUCUGUGAUCAACAUAAACUAUAUCUCUGUAAGAUCUACGAUGCUCGUGCGUAAGAGUGAUUAUUGUACAAGUUGAACUUUCAAUUAACCCUUUCUCCCAGUCUUCCUACGAAACUAAUAAAACGAUUUGUCGCCAUCCGUAAUGGUUUCUGAAAGGAGUGGGUCACCCUGGAUAGUUGUAAGCAACCGAAAUGUUUAAGCGGUCUCGUUUAAACGGUCCAUCGUGCGUGUAUCGCUCCGCGUAAAUCUUUUCGUCGCCUACGCGCUAUGUCCACGCGCGAAAGAAAAAUCUUCUCGGUGCAUCAAAUGCGAAAACGAUAUCCUUUCGGGUGCGUGUUCUUUCCUACGACGUUCAACGGACAAAUCGCGCGCGUUUUUCGGUACGGAACGUGUCACUCUUCACUUUUCUAUCGAGAUUUCGUUGCGAACUUGCUCACCGAUUCGUCUGGACUAAUCGGGGCAACUAACAUUUUACAGCGAAAUUAUUUAUUUCAGAGUCGUAAACUUCUAUUUUCUAAUAUAAAACAAUCGAAUUAGAAUCACGUUCUAUGUAUUGCAUUAAUUUAUUUAAACAAUUGUGAAAACCUUCGAUCGUGCAUUUUACGCAACAAAUGUUUAAUCAGAGUGUUAUUGUUCCGGCUAGCCCAGUGGAAUGAAUAUCUGAACUGGAGAUAAUCAAUAUUUAUAUAUACGAUGCAUUUAUAGGGUAUUCAAUAACGCGGAUUAUUUUUCGAAAUUUACGAAAGUCCUCUUCCGAUGCAAUUACAUUUAUUCGCGGGACACGAGUCACUCAGUAGCGUAACGAUAUUUUUCGAUCGUUCUACACGUCGUGUACGAUAAUGUACGUGCACGAGCGUACUCUUUUAUUUAUCGGUACGAGAGAGAGAGAGAGAGAGAGAGAGAGAGUGUGUGUGUGUGUGUGUGUGAGAGAGAGAGGAAGAAAUGCAUAAUUCCGCACGCGUCGUUUAAUUUUUCGCGUGGUUCUAUCGAGGCGAGGAAAAUUCUUCUUGCGGGUACCUGUUCUUAAUUUUAAAACUACGAUAGAACGUUUUCUAUUUCCGCGUUCCGUUCGAGGUGAAUGUUUUUUCGAUUCCUGAUGCGCCGCGUUCUCGAAUGGAAAAUGGUACAAGGAAGCUAUCGACAAUCCCCACUUUUUGAAAUAAAAACAGAGUAACGAGAAAACAUAUAUUAUAUUUAAACAACAACAACAACAACAAAAAAAUGGAAAAAAGGAAAAAAACAAAACUAACCGGCAAGUUCUUUUGUAAAUAAGACGAAAGAAUCCCGUAUGUAAUAUUUUAACUACGUUAAGAAAUCCUCGAAAUUCUGCAAGAUUAUCAUGUAGAUAGGUCGCGUUAGCGAGAAUAAUAAAUUUUAACGAUAGAGAAUCGAGUUUUAUGUUCCUGUAGGCUGCAUAACAGCCACCGAGAGAUCUCGUGCAUAAUAUAUUUGCGCGCUUAUAAAUGCAUAUACUUAUAAAUAAAAGUGCAUAUAAAUAUAUAAAUAUAUAUAUAUAUAUAUAUAUAUGUAUAUGAAAUAUUAUAUGAAAAAAAAUGUGUACUUGAGUCUACUAUCGACGAUGAAAC